AUGUUUACUUACUUGUUGCUCUGUGCUUUAGUUGGUGGUGGUUUGGGACUUAAACUACCCCACUAUUUGGUUCCAUGCACAAGAGGCGAUUACCCUUGUAUGACUUCAAUUGCCCAAAAAACUUUAAACGGAAUUAUUGGAGGUGAAAGAAAAUAUGACAUCCCACCUCUAAACCCCUUGAUUUUACCAUUAGUUGAGAUUUUUGGUCCAGCAAUAAAUAUCUCACUAACAGAUCUUGUGAUAGAUGGCAUACAGAUUGGACAAAUUCAAUCGGCUUAUAUAAAUACAGAAAAACAAGAUGGUGAGGUUAUAAUCAAAUUUAAAAAAGCUCAUUUUGUUGGUAAUUACGAUAUAAACGGAAGAAUUCUUAUAUUUUCUUUACAAGGAGCAGAUAAAGCUAACAUAACAGUAGAAAACGUCAUCGUUACAUGGAAAUUCAACUACAAACUUUUUGAAAAGAAUGGUGCAAAAUACGCCAACAUAACCAAAGAUGUAGUCGAUUUUCGAUUGGAUUCAGCAAUAAUUCAAUUGGAUGAAAUUAUACGAGGAGAUCCAGAAAUGACCAAAUUCACCAAUCAAAUGCUGACAAGAGAUUGGGAAAUAGUUAUUGAAGAAUUAUCCAUUGGCAUAAAAGAAAUUAUAUCUAGCGUUUAUAAAAGAGUUGGAAAUGGAUUUUUCCUUAAUUUCCCCAUUGACGUUUUAUUAAAACCUUAA